AUGAGAUGUAUUUGCAUACGCGGGGUGACGCCAGAGGCCUACGCAAAGGGCGGGGCGCGCGGAGCGUGCCGGAGUCAGCGCGCUCGACGUUGGCGGGCCGCUCCGCGCGGGGGCCGCUGGGAGCGCGAGGAUGGUGGCCGGCGCCUUCCCCAUCGCCAAGUUGCUCUACCUGGGCGUCCGGCAGCUCUCGAAGCCCCUGGCGGCGCGCAUCAAGGACGGGGCGCGCGCCAGCCCCUUCUUCCGCCAGUAUAUCUGCGGUCCCCCCGCGCAGCUCUACCACUGGGUGGAGAUGCGGGCCAAGAUGCGCAUCAUGGGCUUCCGGGGUGCUGCCAUCAAGCCGUUGAACGAGGAGGCGGCCGCGGAGCUGGGGGCCGAACUGCUGGGCGAGGCCAUCGUCUUUGGGGUGGGGGGGCUGUGCAUCUUCCUGGAAUACUCCCGCCAGAGCAGCAACGCCAAGAAGAAGGAGGAGGAGCUGAACUGCACCUUGCUGGGCCUGCAGGAGCAGGUGACCGAGCUCAGCUUGACUCUGGAGACCUUGGACGCCCGGCUGCGGGAGAUGAACCGGGUGCUGGUGGAGGUCUCCACCGCUCCCAAGAAGUAGCAGCCUGCCGCCCCUCGGGACUCCCUGGGCCAUCUGUGGGAUCUGGAUCCAGGCCGCUGGGGGAGCGGUCAACGGUCCUUCUUCACAGGCGGGAAGGUUAGGAUUUGGGGUGCUGAGAUGCAGGUCCCAACUGAGUGGCUUGGCGUUUUCCUAGAAUGUAAAUAUUGGGUCAAUUAAAAAAGGCAGAGAAAGA